AUGAGUCUAUUCGGAGCACCAAAGCCCGCUGGGCAGACCGGAGGUCUCUUUGGCGGCGGUGGAUUCGGCGGCAGUACGCUGGGACAAUCAACACAACAGCCGCAGCAGCAACAACAGCAGCAAGGCGGAACGAGUCUCUUUGGACAAACGCAGAACCAAGGAAACGCCUUUGGAAACCCCAUGGCCCAGUCCCAACAGCCGCAACAGCAGCAGCAGCAGCAGCAGCAGCAACAACAGAUGCCCAGCCUGUCACAGUCACAAGCACAGCUCUCGAGCUCCCUCUGGCAGCCUGGCAGGGAAACACCUCAGAACCAAAAGCCUAUACCCGAACAGAUGGCCCUCAUCUUCGAGAAGUGGAACCCUGCGAGCCCCAACUGUGCCUUCAAGCACUACUUUUACAACAAGGUCGACGAAGCCUCCGUCCCCUUUUACAAACCCGGCCCUCACGAGGACCCCAAGGAAUGGGAGGAGGCACUGCAGAAGAAGCCCGCGCCUGGCUUUAUCCCUGUUCUAUGCACGGGGUUCACGGGCGUUGCGGCCCGUCUCCAGACGCAGAAGAAGGUUGUUGGGGAGCUUAAUGUGCGCCUGCACCAGAUCAACGCCAGCCUGGACGCAAUCCUUUCGCGGCACGAUCUCGAGACGAGCGUGCGUGCUCUGGCGGCCCGCCGCCGCCACGUAGUGCUCCGCGAGCGGUGCCUUGCGCUCGCCGCCCGCGUGCAGGUGCUGCGCAACCGCGGGUACGCCCUCAGCGGCGACGAGGACGACCUGCGACUCAAGCUGGUGGAGCUGGAGCGCAGUGUACAGGAUCCCGCUCUGGCGGCGCGGGAAGAGGAGCUCUGGAGUCGAUUGAUCGUGCUCCGGGACUAUGCGGACCAGCUGAUGAAGGAGACGAACAAGCCUGCUUUUGCGAGCGGUGAAGGGUUGAGCGAGGAGACGGAGCACAAGGCGAAGAAGGUUUUGGAGGACUACGAGAAGCAGAUCCAGCACCUCAAGAAGGAGGUCGAGUCGAUUACGAAAGACUUUGCGGACUGGGAAAGGGAGAGGAACCCGAGUUGA